GCGCAGCUGGCGCCGAGGGGGCGUUUCCCCGCUCCCAGCCCGGCGCGCGCGGGCAGAGCCGGGCCCAGGCCCCGACAGCGGGCUACACAAUAACGUCAAUGUUUUGAUCCGGAUCGUCCCACCCUUCCAGAGGAAAAGCAAUGGCUGCAGCAGAGUUAGCUGAGGGGCUGGUGACCUUCGAGGAGGUGGCUGUGUAUUUCACCGAGUCAGAAUGGUCUCUGCUGGACCCCGCUCAGAGAGCCCUCUACAGAGAUGUCAUGGAGGAGAACUAUGAGAAUGUGACCUCGCUGGGGUUUCCAGUUUCCAAACCUGAUGUGAUCUCCUGGCUGGAACGAGGGGAGGAUCCCUGGGUCCCAGACCUCCAGGACCCUGAGAAAAGAGAGACCCUGAGGGAGGCCUGCACAGCAGAUGGUGGGAUGGUGAAUGGGAAUGAGGAGAAUGCUCAGCAAGAGGACGCUGAGCAAGUAGAAGCACAUGGCACGUUAUCAGAAGGAUCAAAAGGAAAUGUUUCCUGGAGUUGUGCAGAGGCAAACAUCUGUGAGAGUCAGCACAGACCAGAGAAAAAGUUCAGUAGAGGCUCAGACCUUAUUAUAUAUGAGAGACUCGACACAGGAGAAGCACCCUACAUCUGCCUGGAGUGUGGGAAAACCUUCAAACGUAAGAAAGUCUUUAGCAGACAUCAGAGAGUCCACACUGGAGAGAGACCAUACAAAUGCCACGAGUGUGGGAAAAGCUUCCGUCAUAGCUCAAACCUUACCACGCAUCACAGAAGCCACACUGGGGAGAAACCCUACACUUGCCAUGAGUGUGGGAAAAGCUUCACUCGGAACUCGGAGCUUAUCGUACAUCAGAGAAACCACACAGGAGAAAGACCCUACACUUGCUGUGAAUGUGGGAAAAGCUUCAUUCGGAGCUCCGAGCUUAAAAAGCACCAGAGAAUCCACACUGGAGACAGACCCCACAGAUGCCCUGAGUGCGGGAAAGGCUUCAUUAAUAGGUCUCAGCUUGUCACACAUCGGAGAAUCCACACUGGAGAGAGGCCCUAUUCAUGCCCUGAGUGCGGGAAAGGCUUCACUUCUAGCUCACAGCUUGUCUCACAUCAGAGAAUCCACACAGGAGAGAAACCUUAUUCAUGCCCGGAGUGCGGGAGAAGCUUCAGUUCUAACUCACAGCUUGUCUCACAUCGGAGAAUCCACACAGGAGAGAGGUCGUAUUCAUGCCCUGAGUGCGGGAGAAGCUUCAGUCAUAGUUCACAUCUUAUCACACAUCGGAGAACCCAUACGGGAGAGAGACCAUACACAUGUCCUGAGUGCGGGAAAAGCUUCAGUCAGAGCUCAAACCUUGUCACUCAUCAGAGAAUCCACACAGGUGAGAAACCCUACACGUGCCUUGAAUGUGGGAAAAGCUUAACUCGACGUUCACUGCUGAUCAUACAUAAUAGACUCCACACAGGUGAGAGACCCUACACAUGCCUCGAGUGUGGGAAAAGCUUCACUCGAAGCUCAUUGCUGGUCAUACAUCAGAGAAUCCACACUGAAGAGAGACCUUACAGAUGCCCUGAGUGCGGGAAAGGCUUCACCUGUAGCUCUCAGCUUGUCUCACAUCGGAGAAUCCACACAGGAGAGAAACCCUACUCAUGCCCUGAGUGUGGGAAAAGCUUCAGUGAUAGAUCACAGAGGAUCAAACAUCAGAGAAGGCACAAGGGGGAGACGCCCUACACAUGCUCCGAGUGCAGGAAAAGCUUCUAUUCGCGCACUCAUCUUCUCGCACAUCAGAGAAUCCAUACGGGAGAGAAACCAUACACGUGCUCUGAGUGCGGGAAAUGCUUCACUCAGAGAUCAAACCUUAUCACACAUCAGAGACUCCACACAGGGGAGAUGCCCUAUAGCUGCCCUGAGUGCGGAAAAAGCUUCCGUCGGAACUCAGAGCUUAUCAUACAUCAGAGAAACCACACAGGGGAGAGACCCUACACUUGCUGUGAGUGCGGGGAAAGCUUCAUUCGGCGCUCAGAGCUUAAUAAGCAUCAGAGAAUCCACACUGGAGAGAGACCCUACAGUUGUGCUCAGUGCGGUAAAGGCUUCACUUCUAGCUCACGGCUUGUCUCACAUCAAAAAAUCCACAUGGGAGAGAAGCCCUAGUCAUGCCUGGUGUGUGGGAAAGGCUUCAGUCAUAGUUCAUGGAUCAUCAUGUGUCAGAGAAUCCACACAGGAGAAUAACACUAUCCUUGUAUUCAGUAGGGCUGCCCAAAGAUUUUUUGUUUAGGAUUUUGUUUUGGUAAUACAUUGGUUAAUUACCACACAGUGGUCUUGAAGAUUGAUUGCACCAAUUCCUUUACCGUAGUCUCUCAGCUCCCUUCAGGUGAGUUGACACCUUCUACUUUUUGCAACUCACCUUACUUUGGGGUGAAUCCUGUGAUCCUUUCUAUCAACUCCUUUGUCUUAUGAGUUAUGGGAGUCUGUGUCCCUUUUGACAGAAAUGUCCAUCAGUCCAAGUUGGGGGACAGAGGGUUGACGUGAUCUGGCUACAGUGACAUAAAAACUAUCUGUGCCUUGUCUCCACUAGAACUGUACAUUGUUAGGCCAUGUCUACACUACCACUUAUGUCAGCAAAACUUAUGUCACUCAGGGGUGUGAAAAACACACACACACCCGCCAAAUAACAUAAAUUUUACCAGCAUAAUUGGCAGUGUACACAGCACUGUGUCGGCAAGAGAGCUUCUCCCCCGAUACAGCUACUGCCGCUCGUUGGGGGUGGUUUAAUUAUGUCAACGAGAGAGCUCUUUACUGCCAGCAUAGAGCGACUGCACAAGAGAUUUUACACCAGCGCAGCUGCAUCACUACAGCUGUGCCGCUAUAAGGUCUCUAAUGUAGACAUGGCCUAAGUUGCUCAAAUCAGCUAUCUGGGUGUAAAACCACAACUAUUUUUUUCAGGAAAGACAUAACCCAGGUGCAGUGGUUGUGGUUAGCUUUCCCCUUGUGCUGACCUGA